AUUAUUACGAAUUCGACAUUAAAUUACACCGCAUCAAGCAUCGGGGCAACACGAACCUUCUCGAUCAAUUUUACACUUAACGUGAAAAUACUUCAGUAAAUUAAGAUGGUGUCUUUAAACCCAGUACAGAUAUUCAGUCGUGGAGCAGAGGAAGAAAAGGCUGAGACAGCAAGAUUGUCUUCCUUCGUUGGUGCCAUUGCCAUUGGGGAUUUGGUGAAGAGUACAUUAGGACCAAAGGGAAUGGACAAAAUUCUUCAGAGCAUGGGUCGUAGUGAUAAGAUUGAGGUGACAAAUGACGGAGCCACAAUCCUGCGCUCCAUAGGUGUCGACAACCCUGCAGCUAAAGUACUUGUGGACAUAUCGAAGACUCAGGAUGAUGAGGUCGGUGAUGGUACCACCUCUGUUGUUGUUCUCGCCUGUGAACUGCUCAGAGAGGCCGAGGGCCUGGUGGCAAAGCGUAUCCACCCACAGACAAUCAUAGCUGGCUGGCGUCUCGCUACAGAUGAGGCUCGCAAGGCACUCGUCAACUUUGCUAGGGACCAUGGGAGUGAUCCUACCAAAUUUCGUCAAGAUCUGAUCAAUAUCGCCAGGACAACAAUUAGCUCUAAAAUCCUCACACAGCACAAGGAAAUGUUCGCUGAGCUUGCUGUCAAGGCUGUUCUCAGACUCAAGGGCAGUGGCAAUCUGGAUGCCAUACAGAUAAUUAAGAAGCUGGGAGGCGGUUUACGGGAUUCCUACCUUGAUGAAGGUUUUCUUUUGGACAAAAAGAUCGGUGUCAAUCAACCAAAGAGAAUAGAGAAGGCAAAAAUCCUCAUUGCAAAUACUCCAAUGGACACAGACAAAAUAAAGGUGUUUGGUUCGAAGGUGAAGGUUGAUGCUGUGUCAAAGGUGGCAGAGAUUGAGCUAGCAGAGAAAGAGAAGAUGAAGGACAAAGUUGCCAAGAUACUCAGCCAUGGUUGUAACGUCUUCAUCAACAGACAGUUGAUCUACAACUACCCAGAGCAACUGUUCGCUGACUCUGGAGUGAUGGCGAUAGAGCAUGCUGACUUCGAGGGUGUUGAGCGUUUGGCAUUGGUAACCGGUGGUGAGAUCUACUCCACCUUUGACAGUCCCCAGACAGCCAAGCUCGGAGAGUGUGAUCUGAUUGAGGAAGUCAUGAUUGGGGAGGACAGGCUUCUCAAGUUCUCUGGUGUGAAGAUGGGUGAGGCUUGUACAGUGGUAUUGCGUGGAGCGACCCAGCAGAUUCUGGACGAGGCAGAGAGGUCACUGCAUGACGCCCUCUGUGUUCUUACACAGACUGUCAAGGAAACAAAGACCGUCUAUGGUGGAGGCAGUGCCGAGAUGUUAAUGGCAGAGGCUGUAAAUCGUCUUGCAGCCAAGACCCCAGGCAAGGAGGCUGUUGCCAUGGAGUCCUUUGCCAAGGCACUCAGAAUGAUUCCUGCCAUCAUCUCGGACAAUGGUGGUUAUGACAGUGCCCAGCUGGUAUCAGAGCUCCGGGCCAUCCACACAGAGGGGAAACAGACAUAUGGCAUUGACAUGGAACGUGGGGAGACCGGGGACAUGGAGAAGCUUGGCAUCACAGAGUCGUUCCAGGUGAAACGACAAGUGCUUCUGUCCGCCUCCGAGGCCGCAGAGAUGAUCCUCCGCGUUGACAACAUUGUCAGAGCCGCCCCUCGCCAGCGACAACCUGAUAUGAGAGACCACUGAUAGACUGUUACAUAUUUUCUAGGAUAAAACAUAGGAUAUUAUUUUUUAAAUAUUCUGUUUUGCUGCAUUGCGGCACAUUUCUUGGAUGAUAAGGACAGUAUUUGUGGAGAAGUCUGUAUUGCUGCUUGUAGAUAUGUGUUUAUGUGAUGUGCUAAUAAACCUUUCGUGAACAAAUCCAAAUAAUACGAUACAUGAUACACCCUAUUGCUACAUUAAGUUUUCAUAUCAUGUAUAGCAAGAACGAUAAUGUGUUCAGGUUUUGUUAGAAUCAUUGAGUUCUUGUAACGCCAUUUAAGUCUCAUAAGUUCCUAUUUAUAUUCUUUAUUGCUUGUUUUGCAUACAAUUUUACAUGUCAUGAUGUGCUCAUUUCUAAUAAAAUUUCAGUAAGAAUA